ACGUGUCUACGUUAUUAUGAACAUGAAUUCAUAGAAUUGGCUCGUCAGUCUCCUGCAGUCGUGGUCUGUCGCUGCUCGCCAACACAGAAGACCCAAAUCGUCCGACUAGUGCGACAUCAUACCGGGGCUCGGGUGGCUGCAAUCGGUGACGGAGGGAACGAUGUGGGCAUGAUCCAGGCGGCCGAUGUUGGUUUCGGUCUCGUUGGCAAAGAGGGUCGACAGGCCAGUUUGGCCUCGGACUUUAGUCUGUAUCAAUUCCGUCAUGUAGCUCGAUUGCUGCUGGUACAUGGUCGAAAUUGUUACAAAAAUACGGCCGUCUUGGCCCUGUUCGUCAUUCAUCGAGGUUCCAUCAUCAGUGUGAUGCAAGCCGUGUUCUCUGCCGUGUUCUACUUCGUCUCGGUCUCACUGUUUCCCGGUUUUCUCCUUGUCGGCUAUUGUACCGUGUUCACCAUGUUUCCCGUGUUCUCGCUUGUCCUGGACAAGGAUGUCCCCGACCGAAUCGCAAUCACCUAUCCGGAGUUGUACAAGACCUUACAGAAAGGGCGUGAGAUCACCUUCAAGACGUUUUUCGUGUGGUUACUGAUCAGUAUCUAUCAAGGUGGUGUGAUUAUGUACGGAGCACUGUUGCUAUUCGAGGACGAGUUCAUCCACGUCGUAUCGAUCACAUUCACCGCUCUUCUCCUAACCGAGCUGCUUAUGGUCGCGAUCACCAUUCGCACUUGGCAUUUGCUCAUGAUUUUGGCCGAAGUGAUCAGUUUGGCAAUCUACGCGCUCACACUGGUCAUUAUGACGGAGUAUUUUGGUCAGUUGCCCACACUUCAUAUCCCAAAAUCAGUAUCUACCGCUGUUCGCAUAUGGAUUUUUUCACAUUCAUUAUCGAAUCACAUUGACCCGAACUUCUUGCGUACGGUUGGAUUCGUCUGGAAGGUGCUGGCAAUCACGGGAAUCAGUUGCAUUCCGAUCAUCAUUCUGAAGUUUAUUCAUUACAAAUUCCGUCCUUCUAUCUAUUCCAAACUUCAAUCUCAAUGA